GCGCUGCUUGAGGAUCGCGGCCAGGAUGGCUCUGCGCUCUGCGCCCCUCUGGCUCCUGGUGCUGCUGGCGGUCACCCUACAGGAGAGCUGCGUUGGUUCCUCUUUGCACUCCCUCAAACAUUUCCACAUCACCACCUCGGACCCCAGUCAGGGGCUGUUCCAUUUUGUCUCUUUGGGGUACGUGGACGGCCAACUCUUCACUUCCUAUGACAGCAACAGCCGGAGGGUGAAGCCUCGAGUCUCCUGGGUAGAGAAGGUGGGGAAGGACGACCCCCAAUACUGGGACACCCAGAGCCAGAUAGGACACAGCAAUGAGGAAUUGUCCAGAGAUGACCUGCAGACUCUGAGGAGUCGAUACAACCAGAGCAAAGGCCUGCACACGUGGCAGAGGAUGUAUGGCUGUGAGCUCCAGAGUGACGGGAGCAAAGGAGGGUUUCACCAGUAUGGUUACGAAGGGAGGACCUUCCUCACCUUCGACAAGGAGACCCUCACCUGGGUGGCUUCUGACCCCCAGGCCCAGAUCACCCAGAGGAAAUGGGAUGCUCUUCCAGGAUGGAAUCAGAGAAAGAAAGCCUACCUGGAGGAAAUCUGCAUUGAGUGGCUGGAGAAGUUCUUGUCCUACGGGAAGGAGACGCUGCUGAGGACAGAGCCCCCAGUGGUGACAAUGAUCAGCAGGACAGAGGAGGAGGAUGGGAUGGAGAUGCAUGUCUGCCAGGUCCACGGCUUCUACCCCAGGGAGAUCGAUGUCUCCUGGAAGAGGGACGGGGAGGUCUGGCUGGAGGACACCAACCACGGGUUUCUGGCCCCCAACGCGGAUGGGACCUACCACUACUGGCUCAGCAUCCGGAUCGAUCCCAAAGAGAGGGGCCGCUAUCGGUGCCACGUGGAGCACGAGAGCCUGCAGGAGCCUCUGGACUUGGAACUGAAGGAACCAAAAUCCAACCUGGGCCUCAUCAUUGGCUGCAUUGUGGCUGCUCUUUCCUUGAUGUGUGUGAUUGUUGGGACUUUGAUAUUCUUCAAGAGACGUCAAGAUGGCUACAAUGCAGCACCCACAAGAGACAAAGGAUCCAACAGUUCAGACCAGGGGAGGAACCAGGCCAUUUAGCAGCCUCCUCGCAGCAGGAGUGGACAGUCCCAGCAUGAGGAGAGAGGAGAGAAGAUGGGACCGACCUUCCCCUGAAUUAGGCCGGACUCUCAGGAACCCUUCAGGCCCGUCCUGCAUGCUUGGAACCAGGAUGCAUUUGGGGUCUUUCACCAUCGCUUUUAUCAUUGGAUCAGUAACUUUUUGUAUUAGGAUUGAGGAACCGAGGAGAAAAGAACAUCUUACGUGUUUAUAAUUGUGGAAUCAAAAGGAUUCAAACUGGAAUUAGUAGAUAUUAUUUUAUUUUUUAUUUAUUUGUAUCCUGCUGAAGGCAUUGAAGAUAUCUAACACACCUUCUCCUCCUAUUUCCCUCACAACAACCACCCUGGGAAGUGGGUUGGGGUCAGAGAGAAUGACUGGCCCACCCAAGCCGUCUUUCGUGGCUAAGGCGGGAUUUAAACUCACAGUCUCUUUCUAGCCUGGUAACCACUACAACAAAUUGCCUUGUAUAGCUUGUAAAUAGCUUUGUAAUAUAGCUUGUAGCAACUAUGUUGUUAUUUUUGGUGACCUUUAAUAGGCUUCUGCUGAUUAACAGGUUUUAGAGAAGGGCCCAUAGCCCAUAGUUGGUAAAGUUCCUAAUUAAAAACCUAAGGAAAAGUUUCACAAUUAAGAACCAAAACACAAGUAUUUAACACUGGACUCAGAGAUAACGAUGGAAGCGGUUUGUGAGAAAUAAGAAAUUGGGUAGACUUUCUAUGAAUAAAUUAUAAUAACAGACUGUUAAGAGAGUGCUUUGAAUUUUAACUUUGCUGUUGUUCAACUGUUAACUAUUUUUCCUUUCACAUAUGUAAUCUACGACAGGUCAGUUAGGCUGCAAAUAGAUCUACAAGAUUAUAAAUUUUGGACCUCUUUUGCAAGGCGGGGAAGCUAAUAUUGUUGCAAUAGAUUUCUCAGUGUUCAACUGGGGGGGGGGGCAUAAUAUGUCUUCCUGUUUUUUCAUUAAUUUUUUUCCAUGUUUUUGUUUAGUUUUGUUCUGUCUCUGUUCAAUCCUUUUCUUUUGGAUUUUAAUCUUUUACACAAAAUACAAUAAAAUAAAAUGGUCAAUUCUAAGAGAAAUGGAACAGGAGAUUCACAAUUUGGCCUGGCUCCUUUCCCCCUAACUGUUGCACAUACCAUAAGAAUACAAAAAUAGUUUGUUGAAAAUAAAUGGUUUUGCCUUCUUCUUACCUGAGUUGCUUCCUAUUAUUGGAAGUUGGAAAUAACAAGGAUUUCCCCCUCCUGGCUGUUCAGGGACCCUGAGUUCCCUUUGAGUGGCAGGAAGGGGAGGAACCAAGGCAAAAACUGGGGGGCUCCUUGGGGAGGAGGCAGCCAUUUUCCUCCUGUGUCCAGAUGUUUCUCUUGCCUCAGGCUGUUGGCCAAGUGGCUGGACUCUGAGCCUCAUCUGUGUCUGCCUUGUUGGGUUGCAGAACUUAUGGGAAAGAUGUCCCCCAUAUUACAGAUACUCCUCAUUUGAUGAUUAUAAUUGAGCCCAAACUUUAUGUUCCUAAGUGAGAAAUUUAUUAAGUGGGUUUUGCCCCAUUUUACGACCAUUCUUACCACAAUUGUUAAGUUAAUAACACAGUUAUUAAGUGAGUCUGGAAGGGUAUAGGGCCUCUGGAAUGAGCAGGGGGUUGGACUGGAAGACCUCCAAGGUCCCUUCCAACUCUGUGACUCCGUUAUUCUAUUUCUGCCAUUUGUGGGACCAUCCAGAAGUCGGAUAUCACCAUAUUCCAUUUUUCAUGCUGAAGUUCUGGAAGCACAAAUUAUAAUUUUUGCUAUUCCUGGACUGGCCAAAGAAAAUGAAAGUGUAUAUAUAAAAAAAAGGCUAGGUGAUAUGAACUAUUUUACCUGAAAUAAUAAAAUGCAAACACUCAAACUGAAGAAAAAAGCGUACAGAUCUGCCCAUUUCCACUCAGAGUCAUGGCUUAUUGGAGCAGCCUAUAAAAACAACAAAAAUGUUUUUGUUUUAACAAUUUUUGUUUAUAUUAUUGUGUUGGUGAAGCUUUUGUUUUGCAAGCUGCUAUGAGUCACAAGGUGGCAAACGGCUGUUUUUGAGUCGAAAAGCCAAAGGUGAAUUCAGUUGCCUUCAUGCUGGGCUGGGGUGAGAAGGAGGCAGCGUCAUGAGGACACGUCCUCUAACAACGGUUAGCCAGGCGCCUUCAUGUUACCUUGAGAAGGACACAAAAAUGAGCCCAUGGAGUUUUUCAUUUGGGGAAAUUCCAGCUUUCACUUCUUUAGGUCUCUUCCCUGAUUGGGAGGAUUGUUUCGGGUUCUCCGUCAAUGAUCUGCUCUUUCUCUGUGGGAGCCCCUGCCCUUUGGAAUGAACUGCCCCCGGACAUACGCAAGAUUUCCGCUGUGCUCUUAAGACCCUGCUCUUCCGACAGGCAGGGCUAGCUUCAUAAAUUGAGUUUUAAAUUUGGAGUUCUUAAAUUUUUGGGUUUUUUAGUUAAUUGGUCUUAAAUGUAAUACUUUUAAUAAUUUUUAAAUUUAAAUUGUGAUAUUUGUAUUGUGUUUUUACCUGGCUGUACACCGCCCCAAGUCCUUCGGGAGAGGGGCGGUAUAGAAAUAAAAUUAUCUAUCUAUCUAUCUAUCUUUCUCCCAAUUCGGAACCAACAGAUUCAAAAUCCAACCCGUGGCUCAUCAUCGGCUACGUUGCGGCUGCUCUUGUCCCGAUGGGUGUGAUUGCUGGGAUCCUCCUGGUAUUCUUCAAGAGACGUCAGGAUGGCUACAAAGCAACGCCAACAAGUGACAAAGGAUCCAACAGUUCAGGCCAGUGAAGCAACCAGGUCAUUUAGCUGACCCCUCGCAGAAGGAGUGGACAGUCCCUGCAUGAGGAGAGAGGAGAGAAGAUGGGAUCGGCCUUCCUCUGAAUUAGGCCGGACUCUCAGGAGGAGCCUUCAGGGCCUCCCAACAUGCAGGAACCAGGAUAUAUUCUGGGUCUUUCGUGAUGGCUUUUAUCUCUGAAUCAGUAACCAUUUUUAUUUUGAUUAAGGGACAGAGGAGGAGAGAGAAUAUUAUAUUUUUAUAUUUGUGGGAGCAAAAUAAUUCAACUUGAGUUUACUAGAUAUUUUUUAUUUAUUUGUAUGCCGACGAAGGUAUUGAACAUGUCGAACACACCUUCCUCCUCCUCCUCUUUUCCCCACAACGACAACCCUGUGAGGUGAGCCGAGCUGAGAGGGAGGGACUGGCCCAAGGUCACCCAACUGGCUUCCAUGGCUGACGCAGGACUUGAACUCACAGUCCCUUUCUAGCUUGGUGCUUUAACCACUAGACCAAAGUGGCUUGUGUGGCUUGUAAUAGCUCUGUAAUAGAGCUUGUAUCAGCUACGUUCUUAUUUCUGAUGACCUUUAAUGGGCUCCUGCUGAUCAACAGGUUUUAGAGAAAGGUUUGCAGCUAAUGAGGUGAGGAAUAGGAUGAAGAGUUGCUGCUUUUACUUUAAGGGAGAGUGAAAAGUUGUUAAUCUUCAUCAUACUUGCUUGGGUUGAAAGGGAAGAUAUUUUCCCCCAUCUCUUACGGCCUGUCAAACUGGCGUCCCACGGGCCGGAUGCGUCCCACGCAGGCCAUGCCCACCCCAGCUCCGCAAAGGCAAGAAACUUUGCGAUCUGUCACGAUCCGACCCCCAACACGAUCGCGUUUGACACCCCUGGUAUAACGUAUAGUAGAAUCUUCCCCAAAAUUAUUUCUUUUAAAAAAGAAGUGUGCCUUCUGAGAUUUAUGCCGUUAAAGUAGUUAAUGUAUUUCAAUGUUUUUAAAGAUUAAAGUUGACCGUAUAUUUGAUCCUCCAAAGUUUGAUACAUAAUUAAUAUACUGUACCAAGUAUAGCUUUCAAACACUAAAUUUUUCCAGAUCGUCAUUUAUGGAUUUUCAUGCUAUAGAAAAAGGGAACAUGAGAUUGAUUGCACAACCAGGCUACUACCUCCUUAAUUAUUGUACAUAUAUUGUAAAUUUGCCGUAACUGUUGGCUGAAAAUAAAUGCUUUUGUUUUCUUCCCA